UUGGUGGUAAUAUGUGUUGGUGGGUCCUAUUUCAUUCAUUUCAUGUAGGUGGAAUAGGUUAAUCAUAGUUUUGCAGUUGUAAUCGUGAUUAAUCACAGUUUUUACAGAACUGUAGGAAUCCCCUUUGAACAAAACUAGCUUCUCAUUUGAACUUCCAUCUUUACCCCCUAGAGACUGCUGUUUCAUCAUUCGGUAUAUCUCAGCUAGUCCAACUGUCGUGAGCAUUUCUGAUUUCCUGGACAGUUGUUGUGUGGCGUUUGCUUUGACGUGUUGGAUUUCACAGGGCAGAGAGUUAGAGACAACAGUAUGUCAGUGAAUCUUAGUAAAAAUGGAGCAUCGCUCACCGCCGCGUAUGAAGAAGUGGUGGAUGUGAGGUCUGAUACCAACUGGGCACUGUUCACGUAUGAGGGGAACACCAAUGACAUGCGCCUGGCAGAGAAGGGAGAUGGUGGUCUGGAGGAGAUGGUGGAGGCGUUGAGCAGUGGCAAGGUGAUGUAUGCCUUCUGUCGCAUUAAGGACCCCAACUCUGGCCUGUCUAAAUAUGUUCUCAUCAACUGGACAGGUGAUGGGGUAAAGGACUCUAGAAAAGGACAGUGUGCCAACCAUGUUAUUGCCAUGGCAAAUUUUUUAAGGGGUGCUCACGUGACCAUAAAUGCACGGGGAGAAGACGAUGUGGACCCAGAGAGCAUUAUGGAUAAAGUGGCCAAGGCGUCGGGUGCCAGCUUUAACUUCUGCAAAGAGACAAAGAAAUACAGAGAUGUACCCAGCGGCCCUGUGGGGUCGGUGUAUCAGAAGACUAACGCUGUGGAUGAGAUCCUGCAAACAAGAGAGACUCAGGGACACAACAACACGUCCAGAGCACCUGUGGUAAGAACACAUAUGGGGUCAGUGUACCAGAAGACCAAUGCAGUGGAUGAGAUCCAGCAAACUGACAAGGACAACUUCUGGGCCCAAUCACAGAGAGAGGAGGAGUUACGUCAGAAGGAGGAGAGCAAGAGAGUGGAGAAGGAGAGGAAAAGGGUGGAGAUGGAGCGGAAAGAGAUGGAUGAAAAGGAAGCAGCAGUGAGAAUACGUAGGGCCAAGGAAAGAGCCUCUCAGAUCGACCAGGCCAAGGCUCACCAGAAGCAACAGGAGACAGAGUAUGAAGACCAGGAUAUACAUGGUUCUCAGUCGAAGCAGCAGGAAAGUGAGUGUCAGACCUCUCAGAGGAAAAGGCCUGCAUCUGUACAAAAAGCAAAUGAGGCAGCCAGUCUUAUCUCCCAGAGGCCUUUAAACCCCCGGGAGCUGUUUAAGCAGAGGGAGCAGAACGCUUCCCUGGACAAUGGAUACACACGACCCAGCUCCAGGCCGGGGAAGUUGCAGAGCCCCUUCAUGUCUCAGAUGUCUAGUGAGGGAGAGAUGCCCAUCGGACCCCGGUCCCCACAAUCACAUGCUUCUCUUCUCCCAGAAACCCCAGCCCUGACAGAGGUCCCUGCCCAUCUACUGCCAAAGUCUGAGGCACCAACUACCCUGAGCCCAGCUGUUCAAGACACAGAUGAGGAGUACUGGUCUGAUGACUUUGAUGAUGACCCAGUUUACACAGCCCCAGAGGACAGUACAGAGGCGUUCAUUGACACUGCAUACAAGUCCCUGCCAUUGGAUGGAGAGACAAUGGAGGACAUUUAUGAAGAUAUCUACCAGAAUCCACUUACUGUCUUGGAGCAGGAGACAGGACAGGAGGCCAGGGGACAGAAUGUGUGUGCCAGGGCCCUAUAUGACUACCAAGCCAUUGAUGACACUGAGAUCACCUUUGAUCCCGAUGACAUCAUUACAGGAAUAGACAUGGCAGAUGAGGGUUGGUGGAGAGGGUACGGACCAGAUGGGCACUAUGGAAUGUUCCCGGCCAAUUACGUUGAGCUGCUGUAGUUUCAAAGCCGUCACAUGCCUAAACAACCCGUUAGAGUUGGAUCUGUUAGAUAAAUUUGAGGCCCUUUGCCAACAAUACAGGAGUUUAUUUCUCCCUCACCAUCAAAAUACUAUAAUGUCUAUAAUGUACUAUAAUAUUACUUGAAUUUUUAGGGAAAGUAAAGUAAACUAAUUACUAUAUAGGCUAUUCAUUAUGACUGUAUAAUUUAAUCAGAUUUCCGAGUAGUUUCUAUUUCAUGGUCUUCAAUCAGAUCACAGGGUUAUGUUUUAUUAUCAGCGCUCAUUGAACCUUAAGUUCUGUUUGGAUGAACAUCAUAGCUGGAGUUGGAUAUUCAACUCCUAAAUAAAUAAAAAAUAUUGAAUAUGUUAAAGGACAUAAACCAUUGCAUAAUGCUAUCCAGAGAUUUUGUCGUGACUUCAGGUAUUCAAAUAGCAAUGUUUUCCUACUUUGAAAUAAUAUGUGGCAAGAUUUUUAAACUAUAGCCCUUUAUAUGUUAAUAUUGAUUGAAUAAAAAAAUAAUGCUUUACAUAC